AUGACAUCAUCUAAAAUAAUAGAUAUUUUAAAACCUAGAGAUUAUGAUACAAACCCUGAGAAAUAUAAAAAAGUAAGUAUAGUUGUUGUAUCUGAUACUCAUAAAAAUCAUGAAAAAUUAUCAAUACCUGAUGGUGAUAUAUUUUUACAUUGCGGAGAUUUUACAAAUAGACAUGAUUGGUUAAAUUUAUCACCUGAUCAAAUUCCUCAAUCAGUCAUCGAUUUUAAUCAAUGGUUAGGAAAAUUAUCACAUUCACAUAAAUUAGUUAUUUGUGGAAAUCAUGAACUUGGUUUUGGAAAACUUUCUCAUGAAGAAAUUCAAUCAAAAUAUUUAACAAAUUGUAAAUAUUUAAAAGAUGAAUUAAUUCAAAUUGAAGAUAUAUCAAUAUAUGGUUGUCCAUGGCCAUUUACUGAACAUUAUAGAACAAAAUGGCCUUUAAUUCCUUCACAUACUGAUAUAUUAAUGACACAUGUUCCACCACAAUUUAUUUUGGAUUUAGCUUAUCAACCGAAAGCACUUUCUUCAACAGAACCUUGUUCAAUGUGUAAUAAUACAGUUCAUGGUUGUUAUGGACAUUGGGGCUCAGCAAGUUUAAUUAAAGAAAUUCGUCAAAGAAUUCAACCACGUGUUCAUUGUUUUGGUCAUGUACAUGAUGAUCCUGGUCAUAAAUAUGAUCAAGAUGAUACUGGAACACUUUUUAUCAAUGCUGCAACCGAUUUAAGUAAUCGACCUUUUAAAUUUAAUUUUUAUGUUGAUUUAAACAAGCAUUAA